AUGACCGUCACCGAGAUCGCCAUCCUCCGCGUUCACGCCGGGGUCACCGACUCUACCCUCCGAGACACCCUCGGCGGAGCCACUCCUAUCCAAGAGGCAUGGCACGCCCGCACUUUUCCCGAUCGCCCCUCUUCCGCCUCGGCACGGGCCGUAGCUUGUUUCCGAGGGAUCAGCGACGAGACGCAGAUAACUAUCACAACAAACUGGGGCUCCGUGGAGGAGCAUUGGCAAUGGAUCCUCAGCGACGACAACAAGCAGCUGAUGGAGGGUUCAAACUUGACCAAGAUCAUCGCAAACGAAGGGCCGCCCAACCAGUCAGGCGGACUCGGCCUUUUCCACUUGGAUACCGACAUCUUUGGUAAUAGCCAUGCUGCUACCAGCAAAGACACAAUUGCGCUCCUCGAUAGCCCGGUCAUCGGUCUUGAACGAUUCGUUGUCGACGCCGAAAAGAAGGAGAUAUUUGCCGAAACGCUCGAGAAGGUGAAGGCCAGCAUGGCAAAGGUCGUACAGCCUCAUUUGGUCAAAAGCGGGCACGUUGCCGAUCGUGAGGCGGAUGGCGAGGAGUUCAUGCUGGUUUCCGGGUGGUCCUGUGUCGAAAGUCAUACGCAAGAGUUCGCUGCGUCGUCCGAGUCGUUCCUGUACGGUCAGCUUGCUGGCAUCGCUUCGUCGGUGGAAACACAGCACUACAGGCGAUUCCUGUAG